UAUACUUCCCAUAGUUCCUAAAAUGUUCAAAAUAAUUUUACUUCUCGGAGCAGUUCUGUUCAUUGUUGUCGAGUCAUAUCCAGCUAAACCAAAAACCCUCUAUAAAACCGAAGUGAGGCAUUCCAAAUCUGCACAAUCGAAGCUUUAUCAUUUGGGAGAGGUGGAGAGUGAUCUGGGCUCGGACUACAUAGAUUACUAUUCCUAUCCUAUGUACAAGUUCGAAUAUGGUGUUAAAGAUAUGAAAACAGGUGACCACAAAAGUCAGUGGGAGAUGCGAGAUGGUGAUGUCGUAAAAGGAGCAUACACACUGGAUGAGCCGGAUGGUAGCCAACGCAUUGUGGAAUAUCGAGCCGACGAUAAACACGGAUUCGAAGCCAUUGUCAAGACGAUUGCGCGGCCUCAUCAACGGGGCGCCGGCCCGGAAGGCUUGGAAGGACAAGGCCGUCAGCACCACGUGGGCCAAAGCUAUAGCAAAUUGAAGAAGCUAAGCUGAACAGCAUCGUCAUCACCGACCGCACCGGCCCCAUUGAGUGAGUGAUCAGCAAGGUGUUGCGAAUAAAUUGCGACUCGAUCGUGCCCAAGUGGCAAUUUAUUUACCCUCCACCGGAAUCGUCGCCGUCGGUGGUGUCUAUUGCAUUCAAUCGUAGUGAUGACGCUCAUGGGUUGUAUGGUUGCUUCU